AUGUGCAAAGUGUUAACCUUAUUGGUCGUUAUUUUAUUACUGGCGCUAACAAACGCUGCUUACAAUGUGACAUUGUUGAAAUCCGUUCUAAGUCUCAUCUCUACACGGGAGCCGUGGAUAAAUACACCAAUAUUCGUCGGACAUAAUACGCAAGGAGGCGACCUCAACGACUUGAUUAUUUGGCUCCAUCAAACAAUGGGAGUUACUAGCUUGACAAUGAAUUUAUUUCUCCAACCUGAACAUAUAAGACCCCUUGGUCAUUUUAAAAUCACUAGAUACAAUGGCAUAGCUUUGUUCUUUUGUCAUGAUAAACAUGAUAUCAUGUGGCUUACUCUGGAUAGAAAUCUACGAAAACUCCGUCGCAUUCGAUUGAUCAUCAUUCUGCGUAAUCAAAGAAGUGGCUCGCAAGGUGCUAUUAAAUCAAUAUUCAACGCCUUAUGGCAAUAUCAAUUCCUCAACGUUCUUGUCCUGCAAAGGGAUCAGCUUUAUUCCUACACUCCGUAUCCGGCGAUGCGUUUUUUCAAACUCGAUAUUCAUACGGAACCGCUAUUUCCACAUGCAGCAAGGAAUUUCCAUGGAUAUGUAGUAUCCACUCCGGCGGAAAAUGAUAUUCCGAGAGUGUUUCAUGUGCACGAUCCAUUAACGAAGAGCAGAAAGGUGCUGGGAUACGCAUAUCGCACAUUCGUGGAAUAUUUGGAUCACUAUAAUGCCUCGCUGCGUUUGACCAAUCCAGAUGAGAAUCUAGACCCAACAACUAGUGUGAAUAUGAACCACAUUGUGCAGUUGAUUAUAGACGGUCAAUUGGAAAUCUCUUUGCACCCGUACGUUUUCACACCCCCAACAGCAACCAAGAGUUACCCCUUACUAAUAUAUCCAAACUGCUUGAUUGUGCCCAUGAGAAAUGAGAUUCCAAGGCACAUGUACCUAUUGCGACCAUUCCAAUUGUACAGCUGGUAUAUUCUGUUAUUCGCAGUUUUCUACAUCACUGGAAUUCUCUAUUGCAUAAGCCCGAAACUCAAUAAAAGUUCUUGGCCGCAACGCUUGGGAUUGAAUUUUCUAGAUGCGAUAAGCAAGAUACUUUUUAUCAGCCCCCCUAUAACAAUUUACAGACCAACAUGGCGCCAUUUGAUUAUUUUCCUACAACUUUCAGUCCUGGGAUUCAUGUCCACAAGUUGGUACAACAUUGAGUUGGACAGCUUCUUCACAACCAUAGUAGUGGGCGAGCAAGUAAAUAGCAUGGAUCAGCUUGUCCACCAGCAGCAAAGGGUGCUCGUCAAGGAGUAUGAAAUUAACACAUUUCUGCGCCAUGUUGAACCUCGAUUAGUGGAAAAAGUAUCUCGGCUUUUGGUGCCUGUAAAUGCCAGUGAACAGGUGUCCGCUUUGCUGAGUUUUAAUCGCAGCUUCGCGUACCCUUUUACAGAAGAACGUUGGCAGUUUUUUGCCAUGCAACAGCAAUAUGCCUUUAAGCCGAUUUUUCGCUUUUCAUCUGCUUGCUUGGGAUCUCCACAUAUUGGCUAUCCAAUGCGCGUUGACAGCCACUUGGAGACAUCCCUUAACCAUUUCAUAUUGAAGAUUCAGGAUACUGGACUGCUGAAUCACUGGGUAGUUUCCGACUUUAACGAUGCCAUGCGUGCUGGAUACGUUAGGUUUGUAGAUAACGUCCUGGGCUAUCAAAGUAUCGAUGUGGAUACUUUGAGACUGGGCUGGUGUGUCUUGGGAAUUGGUUGGAUACUGUCAGCUCUGGUUUUCUCUUGUGAAUACUGGCACCUUUAUCCAUGGCGAUUUAUUGCUUAG